CACAGUCUAUCCAAUGGGAGAACUGCAUGCAAGAAAUCUCCACCACUCAGGUUUCUGCAUGUUACGCGGCCUCUUCCGUUAAGAGGUGCUUACUAUAAGACCAACUCCAGCCACAGUCUUCAAAUUUCAGCUGUUUAAACUAUUUAAUUGACAAUGAGUGUAUGGAACAACACCCUCGAGUUCUGUAAACAUACUGUUUACAACUUCAACUAGCGACAGGUUUCACCUACAAUUAUGGAGGCUUAAAAGAAGUUGAGUGUUUGGGGGGGAAAGAAGGGGGCUUUCCCCUUUUGGUGGUUGGGAACUGUGGAAAGGAUUUAUUGAAGGUGCCAAAGUUGUGUGUGUGUGUUUUUUAGUAAAAAAAUAAAAAAUAAAAAAAUAAAAUCUAUAAAAUAUUUUCCUAGAUUGUAAUACAUAUUUAUAUAUAAAUAACAGAUAUCUAUUUAUUUAUAUAUUGGUUAAUGCGUGUAAGGUGUCAAAUUUGACUUUCUUCAGAUGCAAUUUGCGUAAGGUACAGUUAUCAUGGUUGAUUGAUAUAAUUUGAAAAAGGAUAAUGGGUUGCUAGGGUGCCGUGGAUUUUAACACAAGCACAAUUCUAGCUCCCAGGUAGUAUUAUUAUUAUUAUUAUUAUUAUUAUUAUUAUUAUUUCCACCUUUAAAUAGCAUAUAAUAAUUUAAGAAUAAAACCUGAAUUGCCAGGGUGUUUGUUUUCUUGUAAGAAGGGGGUUGUAUUUAAGACUCCAGAAUGAAUGUGGUGGUCUCUCCUGACUGCACCCCAAAGUGUCGCUCACUCCAGCAUGCUCUGGAUGUCAUCUCUGCACUGACCAAGGGCAAGGAAGGCCAAGUCAAGGCCUUCCUAUCUACCCACUGCCACAAUGUGGCCACUCUGAAGGACAGCUUCGGCAGGACUGCACUUCACUUUGCUGCCUCGCUUGGGAAGAGAGGGGUGCUCGACUGGCUGCUGGACGUGAAGGGAGCUGAUGUGCUGGUGAAGGACAAGGAAUCCGGAUGGACCGCCAUGCACAGGAGUGUGUUCUACGGACACAUCGACUGCCUCGUGUCCCUUGUGAAGCAUGGCAGCAGUCUUGUUGCUCAGGAUAAAGAGGGGCUUUCAGUUCUUGACUUGACGAUGAAAGAUAGGCCAUCACAUGUAGUUUUCAGAAAUACUGAUCCGACAGAAGUUUAUACGUGGGGCAAUAACACUAAUUUUACUCUUGGCCAUGGAAAUCAACAAAGCAAACACCACCCAGAACUGGUGGAUCUUUUCCCGAGAACUGGAAUUUAUAUCAAACAGGUGGUGCUGUGUAAAUUCCACUCCGUGUUUCUCUCUCAGAAAGGUCAGGUUUAUACCUGUGGGCAUGGCCAAGGUGGACGACUGGGACAUGGAGAUGAACAGACAUAUCUGGUUCCACGGGUGGUAGAAGGUUUAAUCAGCCAUCACUGUUCCCAAGUGGCUGCUGCCAAGGAUCACACUGUGGCGCUGACAGAAGAUGGAUAUGUUUACACUUUUGGACUAAAUACCUUUCACCAGCUGGGCAUUGCACCACCUCCAGCUACCAGUAAUGUUCCCAAACAGGUCCUGUCCAAAUCUCUGAAAGGAAGAACUGUUAUUGGUGUGGCUGCAGGAAGGUUCCACACCGUUCUGUGGACAAAAGAAGCAGUAUAUACUGUGGGACUCAAUGGGGGCCAGCUAGGCUACCUUCUGGACCCCAAUGGAGAACGGUGUGUGACGGCUCCUCGACAGGUGUCUGCGUUGCAUCACAAAGAUAUUUCAAUCUCCAUGGCAGCUGCCAGUAACGGUGCCACAGUUUGCGUCACUGAAAAAGGGGAUGUCUAUCUGCUGACAGAUUAUCAGUGUAAAAAACUGGCUUCCAAACAGCUCAACCUAAAGAAAGUGCUUGUUACGGGAGGCUUCUUGGAUCAUAGGGUCGACCCCCAGAAUCUCAGAGAGGGUGGAGGUGAAAAGGUGUCUAUUCUAGCAUUGGAUGAAGCUGGAAGAGUGUUCUGCUGGAAGUCAUCAAGUGGCUCUGUGAAGCAGUGCAGAUGGGCAUAUGGACGGCAAGUCUUCAUGUCGGAUAUUGCGCUUAGUAAGAGUGGAAUGAUGUUCAUCACUAUGGAGGGUGAAGGAUUUUCAGGGCAGUGGGUGGCAGACAGCAAAAAGAUCCCUGAAAAGAGAGAUGACCGAACGAGCCUCGUGAACUCGGCUGUCACAUUCUGCCACACAGAGUCCAGCACUACGUACGAGAGAAUUCGAAUUGACAAGCUUCCAUUUGUUCACCGGGCUGUCGGCAUAACUACUGAGUCUAAUGGGCGUAACUUUGCAGUUUUGCAGUCUGAUCCUAAGACUAGCUUGUAUGAAAUUCCCAGUGUGUCGUCAUCUUCCUUCUCCAAAGAUUUCCACAGCCUUCUUGCGGAAACGCAGGAAACGGACAACAUCCAUGAUGUGACACUACAAGUGGGCAAUAGGAUUUUCCCAGCUCACAAGUACAUCCUUUCCAUGAGGUCAGAUUACUUUCGGAAGCACUUCUACCCUGAGUCUGAUCGAGUGGAGUUGCCCGACAUCCUCCAUCUCAAUGAAGACGCAGUGGGAUGUGAUCUCUUUGCACUUGAGAAGGUCCAGCCUGAUAUGUUUGAGUACCUCUUACAGUUCAUCUACACUGACAACUGCGACUUACUCACCCAUGGCUACCGACCCAAAAUAUGCCAAGUGGAAAAUAAGAAAGACUGCCAGGAUACGCUGAUCUCCAGCCUGCAGAAGAUUAGCUUCCAUGAGGGUCUUAAAGGCAAGUCUGCCUACGAGGUUUACCAGAGCCAUCAAGUAAAUGGUGAUGGGGAGAAACAGAAAACCAAAGCCAAGAAUGUCAAGAAGGGCAAGGGGGCCAGCGAGGAAGCCAAUCCUGUGAAAACGUUGCAGGGAUUGGCAAAGAAAUUUGGGAUCGCCAGCCUGGCUGCUCGGCUGGAUGGAGUUAAAGUUGAAAAUGGCAAAAUCAAUGUUGUACACAAAAAAGCUGGAAAUAGACCAAAAUUUAAUCAGAAAAAGAGCUCCUACAUGUGCGAUGUGACCCUAAGAUCAGAGGAUGGAAAGGAUUUCCCUUGUCACAAGUGUGUUCUGUGUGCACGGUUAGAAUAUUUCCGUAGCAUGUUGGGCAGUUGCUGGAUUGAGGCUUCCUGCUGCUCAGCUCUGGAAAUGCCCAUCAACUCUGAGAUUCUGCAGGUCAUCCUGGAUUAUAUCUAUACUGAUGAAUCUCCUACCAUCAGAGAGUCCCCGCACGUGGAGUUUCUGUGUAACGUGCUAGUUGUGGCGGACCAGCUCCUCAUCAGCCGUCUGAAGGAGAUGUGUGAAGUGGCGAUUACAGAAAAGUUGACCCUGAAAAAUGCAGCGGAGCUCCUUGAAUUUGCUUCCAUGUAUUAUGCAGAUCAACUGAAACUGUCAUGCCUGCAGUUCAUUGUAUUGAAUAUGGCAGCAUUACUCGAAGCAAGAACUCUGGAUGUUCUUAGUGCUGAGGUGCUGAAGGAGCUGUCUGCUGCUUACCAGAGGAUGAUCCCUGCUAUGCAAAGGAGAAUAAUCACACCAUAUCCAGAUGGGCCUGACCUGAGUUGUUUUGAGGAGGGUGAUGGCGAAAGCUUGCUGUGGAGCAAGACUGAUGCAGACACAGAACCUGUCUGCAGAGAAACCCUUUUAAAAAGAGCCAAAAUCAAGGCCAAGAAGAAGCCAAGGAGGCGCUCUGACAGUUCAGGGGGUUAUAACCUCUCUGACAUCAUCCACAGCCCGACCUCCACAGGUUUAAUUAAAAUUGGAAAGACAAAUUCCAUAGAAUCCCUUCAGGAGCUCCUGACAUCCGAUUCCGAGGGAAGCUAUGCAGGAGUUGGCAGCCCCAGAGAGCUACAAUCACCUGUCUUCAUGGCAGGACCCAGCCACGAUCAAUCUGAGAUGGAGGAAAAAUCUCGAGUUAUGGAAACAAAAAGCCCAACUCCAAGCAUCGAGAUGAAAGACCAGAAGGCUUCUACUCCACAGACUAUCCCAAGACCAACAGCAAGCCCAACCAGUCCUCCUGUGUUGGAUCUGAGAGCCUUCAUGGAAAUGGAAGCACAUAUACAAAACCGUGGAGCUACUCAUAAAAAUAGUUCAGGUAGUGGUAGUAAACCCACGAUACAUGGAACCAAGAUUUCCCAGAAGCAAAGAAAAAUGAUUGCUAUGGCAGCUAGAGUGUGCAGCUCUGGUUCAAGGGGUGGGGACAGCGCCCCUGUGAAGACCAGUCCAUCAGCACCAUCUCAGGCUGAAAAAGCAUGGGCGGAUCCUCUGUACUGUUCUCCAUCUCCCAAGUCAUUCCGGGAUCUCUUGAUGGAGGAGGAGAAGACGGAAAGACCCGUUCUCUCCUCACUCAUUGUUACCAAGAAGGUUUCUUUCAAAGCCAAGGAGCAGCAUGAAAAUAAAAAGACAAUGUCUGGGUGGCCAGCCAGAAGCACCCCCAGUAUAUGUAACCACAUCCCUACAUCAGCACAAGCAGACAGCCACAAUCCCUGGCUGAAGCCUGCAGUGAGCAGUCCUCCAGCAGUGGCACCCGUUACUUUUGCAGCUAUUGUGGAGGAAGAACGGCAACAGGAAGCAGCUCUUAUUCGAAGCAGAGAGAAGCCUUUGGCAUUGAUCCAGAUUGAGGAGCGUGCUAUUCAAGAUUUACUCAUCCACUACAAUGCUUUUGACAACCCAGAUGAGUUCAUCAGAGUGGAGAGAGCGUCCCAAGGACCUAUAGCAAUUCCAAUGUGGAAUAAACACUGAGCCUCUAUUCCCCCCCAGAUUUAAUUUUGGAAUUGGAUGAAAGAUAGGUACUCCUACCAGACACUAGACUUCCAUAUCUGAGUGUAGCAGUUUGUCUGUGAACUUAGUAAGCUUAAUUGUAGGUGUUAGAAUUUCUAAACAGUGGUUGUCUACAGCUUAUAUUACCACUGGAGGUUUUUCAUAGAGGGGGAAAUGUGAACUCUGUAGUUUUUGCAUUGUGUGUAUUCUUGCAGGAUCGUAAAAUUUAAUUAAUUUAUAUAAAAUAUGGCUUAAUUCUUUCAACACUGGGGACAUGUAUAGGAAUAACUCCAUGCGUAAGCGCUGCCCAGUAACUAGUCCACAGCUUUUUUUUUUGCUUGUUUUUCAGGGAAGUCAUUUUCAUAGAAAAUCAUCUUGUUGAAACAUUUGUCAUUGAAUUGUAUACGUUUCUUUUUAGUAUUUAAAUAUUCCCCUUUUUAUAAAACAUGCAUUUACUUGGUGUUGAAAGAGGGAAGCCAAGUUCCUUUUAAAAGACUAAUUGAAAGUCUUGUAUGAAUCAUACAAAAGUGUUCGACAUAAUCAGAAAAAAGCUCAUGAAUAAAAUUACAUUAUGCUAUAUAACAAAACAAAAUGUGUAUUGGGCUAGAAAAUGUUGUUUUUUUUUUUUUUCAAAUACAGAGCAUGUAUAGCCUUAUUGGUAUAUGAUUGUAAGCAGCACUGCAAAAUAUUAGAUAAUUGAGACAUUUGCAUUUUAAGGUGCUUGAAUUAUUUUUCUGCUUGGUUUACUGAAAGGGAGGGGGGGGGUUGCUUGUAAGUGUUGAAAUAACUAUAUUAGUCUGCAAACAAAUGAAACAUAAAAAGCAAGUGUGUGUAAUGUACUAUAAAGUCAUUUGAUUAAGCUGGGCAAAAUGUCACUUUGGAGUUCUGCUGGGAAUACAGCAGCCUGCAACUAGGAACAAUAAAAAACUCACCUGUGCAGUAAAA